AUGCUCCUGUCGGCAGAUUCUCGCAGGGCAGGGCAGCGCCUAGUCUGGCCGGCUGAGCCUGCGUGCUCGGGGCUGUCUGGGUCUGAUUCUGGUCUCUUCUCUUUGGUACGUAUUGCAUCCGCGCUAGUGCAUCGGCGCUUCCCACUUUCUGCCGCACGCCCCCUCCAUCUCGUAGCGUCCCGCGUCCCGCACGCCCCCCCUCCCUCCGAACUGUCUCCAGCCCUCCAAGCAUCGACGUUGACGAAACCGGUAGGCCCGGCGCUGGCGUCC